CGGUUUCAAAGCGACUCGUCCACGGUAGAGUGUGGUGGGGGUACUCACGACGACAGCAAUAUGGCGACAGUCCACGACAAGACACAAGUGGACGCCAUCCCAGCCCCCAUGAUCAUCCAAGGCGGAAAGGGCCGUUUGUACAAGGACAAGUCGCGCAAAAUCAAGUGUGUCGUGCAACAUCCAACAGACGAGCCCUUGUUGCUAGGGGAAGUGCUCAAAAAGUGCUCGCGCGGUCCAAAACUCGUGGGUUGCAAGUACAGUAUCACCCCCGAUUUGUUUUGUUUACGGUGGGAAAGCACGGGUAAACUGGCCAAGCUCACCGACAAAUUUUCCCGCACGCCGUCUACCUUGGACAUUGCAUCGAUCUGCCGGUUGCAACCGGGGGUUACGACCUCGAAGUUCCAUCGACUGGACGCCAAGACAAGGCAAACUCACGCACUGUGCUUUUCGAUUAUUUUGGCGUUUGGGAAGACCAUCGACAUUGUAUGCACGUCUGCGGCCCAAUACGACCGCUGGUUUCAUGGCCUACGGUCGUUGAUGGACCGGCUGCGAGCGACAAGAUCAGCUGACCCGGAGACGGCGUUUUUGUAUCAAAUUUGGAUCCAUGCAGACUCCAACCAAGACGGGAUGUUGAGUCGGUCGGAGGUGGAGAAGGUUACGCGUAGCCUCAACCACGCCACAAGUGCCAAAGGAGAACUGCGACGGAUGUUUACCCAAGUCGACCUCGAUGGCGAUGGUGAAUUGGAUUUCAACGAAUAUUGCGCGCUUAUGACACAAUUACGCCAUCGACCUGAACUCGAUGCCUUGUUCCAGCCCUCGGUCAAAAGCCAGCAAUACAUGACCUCUUCGGCUUUUGAAGCGUUUCUUAUCACAAACGGCCACACAACCGACGACAUCCAGUCAAUUCUGACCCUUUUUACUACAGAGGACAUGUGCUCGCGACUACAGUUUCGACAGUACAUUAACAGCACGUGGAACGACUGGGCCAAUCCCCAUAGUAUGACAUUGCACCACGAUAUGACGUUGCCGUUGAGUCAGUACUUUAUCGCGUCGUCCCAUAACACGUAUCUGGAAGGCGAUCAAUUGCAAAGCCAUUCGUCCGUCUACAUGUACAUUUCGGCCCUCCUACGCAAUUGCCGUUGUGUUGAAAUUGAUUGCUGGGAUGGCGACGACGGACAACCCGUAGUGUAUCACGGGCACACUCUGACGACCAAGAUUUUAUUUGCCGACGUCAUUUGGGGGAUCCAUGUGCACGCGUUUGAAUCGUCGCCAUUUCCGGUGAUUCUGUCGCUCGAAAACCAUUGCAGCGACGCCCAACAAAUUGUCAUGGCCGACCUCAUGACCCAGACGUUUGGUGAUCGCCUUUAUAUUGACGACCUAACGAACGACGGCAGUGUUCUACCUUCGCCCCAUGCCUUGCAGUACAAAAUUCUGCUUAAGGGGAAGCAAGGCCAGGCCGACGACACCACGACUGGCGAGUACUCGGACAUGGAUGACGAUGACGACGACAGUGCCGACGUGGUGUUGCACAAGAUCUCAACCAAGACUAAGAAACAACCUCCUCCUACUGGUACUCGUCGCCGGUCGUCUAAAAAAUCCAAAGUGUCCCCGGCACUGGCCAGACUGUGCUUGUUCCAAGGCGUACAUUUCCGCAACUUUGACGUGGCUGCCACAUGGCCAUGCAAUCAAAUGUCUUCGUUUUCUGAAGGCAAGACCAAGAAGCUGGCGGCAGAUCGCAAGCUGGCGUUUGCGGCGUAUAAUCGCACACAUUUGUCGAGAGUGUAUCCGUCUGGCCUUCGCGUCGACUCUUCAAACUACAAUCCUGUUAUGGGGUGGGGUACCGGGUCGCAGUUGGUCGCGUUAAACUACCAAACGGCCGACUUGCCAAUGCAUGUCAACCAUGGCCUAUUCCGUCAGAAUGGACAGUGCGGCUACGUAUUAAAGCCGCCGUCGUUGCUGAGCCAGUUGGGGACAUUUACCCGAGCCAUUCAAGCGAUCACGGUGACCGUGUGCAGUGGCCAACACUUGCCCAAACCCCACGGGGACAAGAAAGGGGAGAUUAUCGAUCCGUACGUGGUGCUCGACUUUGUGGGGGACGGCGUGUCCAGCCAGUGCAAGUCGCCGACUAUUCAAAACAACGGGCUCAACCCAACGUGGGGGUUCACAGCGACAUUUGAUGUGGGCGUCGAAGCCGAACUGCAUGUUCUAGUGCUAACUGUGAUGGACAAGGACUUGGACCGAGACGAUAUGAUUGGAUUUGCAGCCUUGUCACUUCCGUGCAUUCGACCUGGGUACCGCACGGUGCCGCUGUAUGCUAGCGACGGGUCGCGGGCGGGGCCGUACGAGUUCGCCUCGCUUUUUUGCCAUUUUACACUGCAGCAAGCAAAGGACGACGACGAUGUUGAAGAAAUGGAUGGGUGGCCCAAGCUGCCAGAAUAGAGUAAUUACAUGGACAAUACUAAUCCAAGCACAAUGAUAUAUAU